GGUUUGAAGCUCCACGUAUGUUUAUGAUGUAUGAUUUAUUACUUCUUUUGUAAGCCUAUGAUGUAUUAUUAUGUUUAAAAAACUAGUUAAUGUCUCAUUUUCUGCAUAAAGAUGAAACAUGAUCCAUAAACAGGGACCCAGAUAUCCGUGACUUGUUUUCUGUUAAGAGACUUUUCAAACUCAAUUUUAUGUAAGGAUCGACUGACGUGGAGGGCAUUGAAAAUGAGGCUGAUUUAUUUAAUUAGAGUUUAGUCAACCUUGAAUUUUUCUCCUGUUUGUUUACUUUUAUAUACAAUAUAUGUAUGACAUGUUUGGAUUUUUGUGUUUUCAAUCUAACCCAGGUAACAGAGAUGCGAGUCCAUAUGGACUGUCCCGGAUGUGAGAAACAAGUGAGGAAGGCCCUCCAAAAUCUAGAAGGUGUGGAUGAUGUGAUAAUAGAUUUCAACACACAGAAGGUCACUGUAAUGGGAUGGGCAAAACAAAAGAAGAUCCUGAAGGCAGUGCGGCGGAAUGGGCGGACGGCGGAGCUGUGGCCGUACCCUUACAACCCUCAAUACCAUGGCUUCCUCCACCACUACCAGCAUGUCCUCAACUCUCCUCAGCAUCGCCUCAACUCUCCUCAGCAUCACCAUCUCCCUCAGCCUCAGUCACAUACUAAACCAAUCAUCACUUACAAGUCAGUCCCUUCUUCCUCGCACAAGCACAAUGUGAGUCCAAUACAUGAGAGCUACAACUACAACGGCGGUGGUGCUGACUAUGGACAUUAUUAUCAAGAGCCACCCUUUACAAUGAUUGAUGAAGAAGCUACUGCCAUGUUCAGUGAUGAGAACCCACAUUCUUGUGUUGUCAUGUGAUGUAAGUAAAUUGUACUACUGUCACAGUUAGAGUCUGUUUGGGGUAACUUUCUAAGUGCUUAAAAACACUCUAGUAAGCACUUAAAAAGUCAUUCUAUACAAGUCCUUCCUUGUUUAGAGUUUGGACAUUUCAAUUCUCUCUUGCACCUGUAUGGAUGUGUUGUGUAUUGUGUGUACAAAUGUGUAAAUGAGCAACGGAUGUGUAUUUAUGUUUUCUCUUGUCCACUUCUGAUAAAUUUUGCCUAAUAAUUGUCUCUUUUUUGUUUA